GCGCACAGCUAGCUGGACUGUGCUUGUGAGCUUCGGAGUGAAGAGUUUUUUUGCUCAUCCUUGAGUCUUGACCAAACAGAACCAGACCAAGGUCACAGAGGACAGGCAUUAGUUUCUCUCUUUCACUAGUCGGAAUCCUGUUGAGUGCCAUACUAGAUAACAGCUUAUUGGGUCGUGUCGGUGUUGAUACGUAACAUUCACUCGAGGAGUGAAAGUCAGCGGUGACGGUGUGCGCUAUCGAGUCAGGGUGAUGUGGUGAGAAUAACUGACUGCACCGGAAACGAAGCUGCUCUAUUUCUGCAGCUAUCCACGGCAAGAACGAUGCCGUUUGACUUCUGGGAUGAUGUUGUCCUGCCAGCAUGGCAUGACAUAGCUCGAUGCGAGAUUACGAGUGAAGCAUUGGAGAAGGUAGUGAUGGCAACUGAUGAACAUCAUCCACGUAUCAGUAGAGAUCCCAUACUGAGGGGACAUGUGAUGGCUUGGAAGGAGUUUAUUAAAACCAACGAAAGUAGGUCAGAAAAGGAUACUAGUAGGUUAGCCUUCUAUGUUGCCUGUGUUAUUACCUACAAGAGAGGACCAUCAGGUGUCCAGAACUUCCUUCAAGCCAUCCAGUCUUCAACUUUCCCGUCCAAUGUUGCUGUUGGUGGACUGCUGGAGAGAAUUUGGAAAGCUCGUGAGAAUGAUCAUCCUGAUGAAGAUGUCAAGGAUCCUUAUUUCAUCACAAGGGUUGUCAAGAGCAACCUACCACAGAUCAUCGCCAACCUAGCAACCGUACCAGAUAUAGUGCUCACUGAAGUAUUUGGAGAUUUCGACCUGGAUGAAGAGCAUAUCAGCACUUAUCGAACGGCAUGUGAGGUGGUCGGUCAUGUGCGUGAUCUUCCACUUUGCUGUCAAGCAGCAAUUGCGCGGUCUUUCCUGUACCCAGUGACUGGCUUUAUGUUUCUCUUUUAUCGCUUGCACCAUCCUGAGCUCUCUCAACGACUGGAUAAAGAUUUCCUGAUCAAGAUCGACCGUGAGGCAGGAUGUGAUGGGAGUAGUCUUGUCCAACUGUUGAAUUUGGCUAUUGAUUUACAGAGCGAUACAGGUACCGCAAUGUCAAUGAUGAAUGAUGAAGGUGUGAUUGCAGUGAGAGAAGGACCAGGAGAUGCAGUUGAAGGUCAGUACUGUCCUUGUAGUGGUCCUCCAUUAAUGCACGACCCUAUUUUAGGGGAAUGCAUACUCAAAGUUUGUCAGCCCGAGCCUUACGCUCGCAUUCCAGCGCAAGCUUUACAGCGUCCUGUACAUUAGGACUGCCUUUCUCAGCGCGGCGAAAACUGAGCGUCCAUAGAGUUAACGAGGAAAUUCUCAGCCUGACAAUAAAUCCCACUGAAAAUUUGAGCGCUGUGGAAAUCAGUGCCCACAAAGUCAGAACAAAA